AACGGAUCAGAAAUAAAUGGACUUUUCCUUUUUGUACCUCUCUCUUCUUUUGGCCCUUAAACCAUUAUAGAACUAGUUGUUAUUUCACGUAAGUAUGCUUAUGGUUGCUUAAAACCUUAAGAUGAUUAAGAUGCUUAACAAAUACGUCCUGUUGCAAACUGCAGUAGUAGACAAUAAGGUUUAGUUUUUGGGACGUCAUUAAUUGGAGACAUGAAGAAGGAUGAAUAGAAGAGGUUUAAGAAAGAUCAUGUCAGCAGUCGGAGGUUGACAGGAUCUGAGUCAGGAGUGUGUUGGCCCUUGGGGGGGCAGCUUGAGGUUGUAACAGGAGGUAGUGGGGCCAUUUGAAGUCAUGUGACUGACAGACAACCCACUGUCACCCCGGAAACCAGGAGCGCCAGCGUCUCUUAUCCAAUCAUGUGAGGAAUGCUGGCCGUCACUCAGCUCAGUCUAUUUCUGCUGUCUGUCGCUAGUGCAUGGUAGUGCUAAAGGUCUGACUUACAUGGAUCUUAAGUUUUUCCCCCUUUGCCUUUCCUUAGGAUUCACUUCAUUUAGUGUGCAGUGUAAACGUGCCAUAUUUUUUUCUGGUGGCUAUGCAGUUUUUGUGACUGCUUUGCUCCAUAGAUUUAACUGUGGGAGGAAAGUUGUGGAAAGGAUUUGGACAGAGCGUGGAGAGGGGUGGGGGGCGGGCGAACGGGAGAGAGUGGAGGAAAAAAGGGGAUCAGUCAUCUAGCCAGCAAAAGGAGAGAAGAAGGCGACAGUCAGAGACAGAGACUGAGGAGAGGAGAGCAGAGGGUCUGAAGAGCCAGUCAGAGAGAAAGUAAAAGGCAGCGAAGCUCUGGGACCUGGGUUGGAAAUGGCACAACGUCUGCGUUUGUACUUUAGCUCAGGUCGCAGUAACACGGCCCCUGAGGUUCUGGAAGGAGACACUGAGGAGCAGCGGCGAGACAGUGAUGUGGUCACAGCAGUCGGCCCUCAGCCACCGUUGGGAAUGAGGCCUUUUCAGGAGCAAGCUGAGCAGCAGGUUCCAUCUUCUCACUUGCAUCGCGAUCCGUUGUUAAAACGCAGUUCUUCGAUGUUUAUACCACAACUCGCCGCCUUCAGUGAGCCACGUCCGACUAAGAGCUCCUCCAUGCACAUCUCACUUCAGCGCUCUAACGGAUCAAGUAAUGGAGAGUCCAGUGGCCAAGAAGAUGAUGUUCUGCCACCGUGUUAUUCUCCUCCAGGACCAGCGCCUGCCUAUCCUGAACCACAGGGGAGCACUGAUGUUCCACACCAGCCACCUCCACCCUACUGCUGCCCCGAUUCUUUAAACUCUGCAACUUUUGUGGCAGAGCCGAGCGUUCCCAAACGUAGGGUCUUCAGCAUCGGUUCAAAUGGGUACACAGUGUACAGCAAAGGACAGCCAGGUAUCAGUGUGGGUGGAAUCUGCAUCCAGAGAACCCCUCCUGAUGGUUCUGAUGGUCAGCAUUUUAGAAUCUUUCCUUAUGCUGGCUGGUCCGGCCAACAGCAGAGCUCAGACAAUUGCUUGGGUGUUAAUGGUGGAACUCAGAGGUUGGUAUUUCAGCUCCAGCAAAAUCAAAACCAGGAUCAGAGCCACAGCACGCAGUUGGCCAAUCCACCGCAGGAAGAAUGCACAAAUAUCGGCUUUGCCAGCUCUAGAGGUGGCCGUGUACUGCGUUACCCCAAAAUCCGACUGGGAAGAAGCUCAUCGUAUCAGAGGCUUUUGGUGGAAAAUCAACAUCAGGGCAGGAGCUCAGAUGGCCCCGAUGGUACACAAACUGACAGCGAGACAGAGAGAAUGGAAACUUGCGACCAAUCGGAUGGUUGUACUUUUAAAAUCAGUGGCGAUACUCCCAGAAGGCAGCCUCAUUUCAAGAUCUACUUUACUUCAGGUGGAGGUGGGGAUCCGGAUGUGAACGCCAAUUCAGUGCUGAACAAUUCCCAGACCAGAGAUGAUUUCCUUGGUCAGGUUGAUGUUCCCCUCAGUCAUCUGCCGACGGAGGACCCAGCUAUGGAACGUCCCUACACAUUCAAAGACUUCCUGUUGCGCCCCAGAAGUCACAAGUCCAGGGUGAAGGGUUACCUACGUCUGAAGAUGGCCUAUCUGCCCAGUCAGGGAGGGCCCGAGGAGGAGGCUGGGGAAAUACGGGAGGAGGCGGAGGGUUGGGAUGAAUCUGCCGAUUCAGGCUCUCAGCGACAGCAGCUACUGCCUCCAUUGCCCCCAGGCUGGGAGGAGAAGGUGGACAACCUGGGACGCACCUACUAUGUCAACCAUAACAACCGCUCAACACAGUGGAAAAGGCCCUCCAACAUGGAUGUGAAUUCGGAGACAGAGAGUGAUAAUCAGCAGCGGCAAAUCCAUCAGGAAGCACACCGCGUGUUCCGAUCACGACGCCACAUCAGUGAGGACCUGGAGAACGAGCACCUGGAAUCCAGGGACAUGGACAAUUCUUGGGAGCUGAUCACAGAAGAAGAUCAGACUGACAGCUCACCCACGUCUCUGCCCGGCCCCUCCUCCGUCCAACCUACACCUGUCACGCAGGAAUUCACGGAAGAUUUGAAUCUGCGGCUGUCGCUCAGUCCUGAUUCAAAUGGAGAGUUGCCGGGGCCCAGCUCUGCUCUGAGCCCGCUCUCCAACAGACUGCGCUCCUCCAGUAUGACAGAUGGCGUCAGUGACCAGGCCCAGGCUCCUCCUCUUAUGCAGAGUGUGCAGACCAGAAGGACAAGAGCUCAAACUGUCUCAGGUGGUGAAGAGUCCAUGUCUCCUUCGUCGGCUGCUUAUGCCUUGACCACCCCUGGCCUGCCCCCUGGAUGGGAGGAGAGGAAGGACACCAAGGGAAGAACUUAUUACGUCAACCAUAACAACCGCACCACAACUUGGACUAGACCAAUAGUGCAGCUGACUGAAGACGGAGCCAGCACGUCGGCGGCAGCGUUAGCAUCAGCGUCCGGUGGAGCCUCGGCCCUGGCAUCAGCAUCCACCCCUCCCUCCUCUUCCAAUGCCUCCAACAACCACCUCCAUGAACCCCAAGUCCGAAGACCUCGUAGCCUCAGCUCCCCUACCGUCACCCUUUCCACCCCUUUUGAGGGAGCCAACAAUAUCCAGGUGCGAAGGGCUGUGAAGGACACCUUCUCCAACCCCCAGUCUCCUCAACCAUCCCCGUACAGUUCUCCCAAAUCCCAGCACAAAGCACAGCAGAGCUUUCUGCCCCCUGGCUGGGAGAUGAGGAUCGCCCCCAAUGGACGGCCAUUUUUCAUUGAUCACAACAGCAGAACAACGACCUGGGAGGACCCCAGGUUAAAAUAUCCAGUUCAUAUGAGGAAUAAGGGAUCGAUGGAGCCUGGGGACCUCGGCCCACUUCCUCCUGGUUGGGAGGAAAGAAUUCAUACAGACGGACGCACUUUCUACAUCGACCACAAUACAAAAAACACACAGUGGGAGGACCCCCGUCUGCAGAGUCCCGCCAUCACAGGACCUGCUGUUCCAUACUCCAGAGAGUUCAAACAGAAAUACGACUACUUCAGGAAGAAAUUGAAAAAACCUGCUGACAUUCCCAACCGGUUUGAAAUGAAGCUGCACAGAAACAACAUUUUUGAGGAGUCGUACCGUCGCAUAAUGUCUUUAAAGAGGCCAGAUGUCCUGAAGGCACGGCUGUGGAUCGAGUUUGAGUCAGAAAAGGGUCUGGACUAUGGGGGCGUGGCCCGAGAGUGGUUCUUCCUUCUAUCUAAGGAGAUGUUCAACCCUUACUAUGGCCUGUUCGAAUAUUCUGCCACGGACAACUACACUCUCCAAAUCAAUCCCAACUCUGGCCUGUGCAACGAGGAUCACCUCUCCUACUUCAAGUUCAUUGGACGAGUGGCCGGGAUGGCUGUGUAUCAUGGAAAACUGCUGGACGGAUUUUUUAUCCGACCGUUUUACAAGAUGAUGUUGGGGAAACAAAUCUCUCUUAAAGAUAUGGAGUCAGUGGACAGUGAAUAUUACAACUCUCUGAAGUGGAUUCUGGAGAAUGACCCCACUGAGCUGGACCUGAGGUUUUGUAUCGAUGAGGACAACUUCGGUCAGACUUAUCAGGUCGACCUAAAGCCCAGUGGCUCUGACAUGGUGGUGACCAACUGCAACAAACAGGAAUACAUUGACCUGGUCAUCCAAUGGAGAUUCGUCAAUCGGGUCCAGAAGCAGAUGAAUGCUUUUCUGGAGGGAUUCACUGAACUCAUCCAAAUAGACCUGAUCAAGAUCUUUGAUGAAAAUGAACUGGAGCUUCUCAUGUGCGGCCUGGGUGAUGUCGACGUCAACGACUGGAGACAACACACUAUUUACAAAAACGGCUACUGUCCAAACCAUCCUGUGAUACAGUGGUUCUGGAAGGUCGUCCUGUUGAUGGAUGCUGAGAAGAGAAUCCGACUUCUUCAGUUUGUUACAGGAACAUCUCGGGUGCCAAUGAAUGGCUUCGCUGAGCUGUAUGGUUCAAAUGGGCCUCAGCUGUUCACAAUCGAGCAGUGGGGGACACCGGAUAAGUUGCCAAGAGCCCAUACAUGUUUCAACCGUUUGGAUCUGCCAACCUACGAGUCCUUCGACGACCUGAGAGAGAAGCUCCUCAUGGCGGUGGAAAACGCACAGGGCUUCGAGGGAGUCGACUAAAGCAGAGAGAACACUACCGACCUUUACUAAAGAAAAGGAAAAUCACACCAGACAUGACAAAAACCUACAGGGAUGUCAAACCGGCUGAUGCAGAAGUUCUGUGCGAAUAUGUCGUACCGUAAUGCCUGUCUGUGAGUCGUCAACAUACCACAGCACGGCCGUUUGAAAACUGUACAGCAACUCUCCGAAGCCGAUAUUCCGACGUCUUCAUAUCUUUUCAGUGUGGGUCGCUCCCUCCUUAAGGGGGGUGAUAAAAAAACGAGACUGGUGCAGCAUCAAACGCCAUAAUCAGUUUCGGAUGAGCAUGAGUGAUAAAUGAUAAGGCGUGACCUCUGACCUGCUGUACACCCCACCCCAUCCCCCCGUCCUGUAGAGGUCUACAGUGCUGGAAAACACUAAUGCAUUUCAACAGCUCCAUAUUGUACACAGUAUUCGAACCCUCACCUUUCGGUGAGAGGGUCUCAGCAUGGCCUUAAUCCGGCUCCUACCUGCACUACUUCUCUAAACUGGAUAAGAAACUACAGUGGCACUAUGAUCACAACACUCUCAAAUCCUUAGACCAACACCGGAUAACCUUAGGAAUGCUAGCCAAUCACAUUUCAGGAAAAAUCGGCCACAUGCCCCUGCGUAGCGCCUUGGUUCAGUUGUGUGAUCAGAAAAUGACGGCCUUUUUUUGUAGAACAUGGUCAUUUUUUUUUUUUUUUUACCAACUGAUAAAAAAGGAUUAAAGCUGGGGGGGGCGUAUGUAACCCCUGCCCCCCCCAGGAUGAUUUUAUAGUUUUCACCACUAUAUAUCAUUUUUAAUCAUUAGUAUAAAUCUUGCUGAAAAAAACUACUCUUAAUGUAUUUGUACUGAGAAAACAACCUUGUUUACUAUUUUGACAAGUUCUCCAUGAUAUGUGAAAGUGUAAAUCUGGCUUUUCUGGGAACGACUUACGCGUUUCAUUUGUUACCGUGAUAGCAAAUGUGGUAAAUACAAUGGUUUAUUUUUUAUUAUUAUUAUUGUAGUGCUAUGAAAACAGCAUGAAAUUGUAACCUGUGUUUGCUAUGGAGUCAUUUGAACGUGUAACUGGUCUCGGGAGUCAGGGGUCGGGGGGGCGGGGAGGGUAAUCCAAAAGUUUUGGGGCGUAGUUUCUAUGAGACAUGAUUCUAUUAACAUAUGAUUGUUGCUGUUCAUAACCCUGUAAAUGGUUCCUGGAGAGAGAGAAAGGAAAAAAAAAAAGAAAACGCUCUAAGUUCUUUUACCAUAUAUAAAUAUAUGUAUGUACUACAUUUAACAGAAGUAUUACCGAUCGACGGCGUUGGAGCGGCGCUGCGUCCAUGCGGGUGUCUGAGAGAAAAGCUGUGAUUAUCAGUGGAUAUAAAGCAGCACGGUUGUUAGACAGAAAACGUUUCCUGUUUCUGUUUCUACCAGUUUUCUAACACCAUUGAUCCUGAAGGGCACUUUAUAGAUCACUCGGAGGUCGUGUCGCCUGUUCGUCGUCUCUUUCGUUAACUUGAAUGUGAUUUUUAUUUUUUAAUUCAAUUUAGUGCACAAAUGUGGUGCAAUAUAGAGAGAGUCUGGGCUGCUGCUAAAUUGUUGGACAUGAAU